UGAUCAAAAAAAGUUUAGAAAUAUAUUGAUAGCGUGUAGUAUCAAUUUGAUGUGCUGAAAAUCGCAUGAACGCAGAGUGGAAUUCAAAAUUAUCAAUUAUCAUGGCCACCAAGGUUGUAGCAAAUCCAGAGGUGGAUAUUUUGAAAGAUGAACGAGAGGGUAGACUUCGUGAGGUUGGAAAUCAGGCUGUGUGGUCAUUGUCUUCUUGUAAACCAGGUUUUGGGGUAGAGCAGCUACUGGAUAAUACAGUGGAUGCUUACUGGCAGUCAGAUGGACCUCAACCACAUCUCGUCAAUAUCCAGUUCAGAAGGAAGACCACCAUCCACGAUGUGUGUAUCUACACUGAUUAUAAAGCUGACGAGAGCUACACACCUAAUAGGAUUUCUCUGCGUGCUGGUACACACUUUAAUGACCUCAUUGAGGUAGAUCAAAUAGAACUAAGUGAACCAGUGGGCUGGGUAUGUGUCCCAAUGAAAGACAUCAAUGAUAAACCUAUCCGGACAUUCAUGGUUCAGAUAGCUGUACUUUCAAAUCAUCAAAAUGGACGAGAUACACACCUUCGUAGAAUUAAAAUUCGAUCACCAGUACAGGACACUUAUGUUGUUAAAACACCAAAGUUCACCAGUCUAGAACUAAUGCAGCUGGCCUAUAUAAAGUGAGGGUGUGAUGGAACAAUAUGAUGUAAUACACAUGUUGCUGAACAUCAUGACAUGAAUCCUACAUAGAGAUAAAAACUGAGUCUCCAAGAGCUUGUGAAAUUCACUUACUGGCCCAACACAAUUCAGAAUUUUUUUAUGGGGAAAACAGUUUUGAAUUUGUUUUAACGAAUGAAAAAGCAUUUUGUUUAUUGCAUGCAUAGACAAAGUUUUCCAAGAGUGAUCAACUAAUGCAUGUUCAACGUAUAUUGGAAAACAAAGCUUUAUAACUUGCAUGUACAUGAAGCUAUCCAUAUAUUUUCAGCUUUAAAAAGUUCACAAGUCUGACAGGUACAUGUGCAUAGGCAAUAUUUACAAUAACAAGUUAAAAAAGACUUACAUAAAUUUUACCCAUUUAAUUUAAAACCAACCAGCAGAAAAUAAAUUCAUGUUCAAGCA